AUGACCUCUGACAUUAGAGCUCUGACCCCUGACAUCAGAAAUAUGACCCCUGACAUUAGAACUAUGACCCCUGACAUUAGAACUAUGACCCCUGACAUUAGAACUAUGACCCCUGACAUUAGAACUAUGACCCCUUACAUUAGAACUAUGACCCCUGACAUUAGAACUAUGACCCCUGACAUUAGAACUAUGACCCCUGACAUUAGAACUAUGACCCCUGACAUUAGAACUAUGACCCCUGACAUUAGAGCCAUGACCCCUUACAUUAGAACUAUGACCCGUGACAUCAGAACUAUGACCCCUGACAUUAGAACUAUGACCCCUGACAUCAGAACUAUGACCCGCUGUGGGUCCGCAAGUCCUUACUUCACCUGCGUCAGUUCAGCUGUAGAGAGCUGCAAGUCUGCUGAGUGUGAUGCUGGCAGCUAUUUCUGCUGGCUGACGUCAACCUGCCUGCCCCUUUCCUCCCCCUGCACCUGUGCUAGCAGCUGGAGCCCAUCUCUUGACUGUGAGAACCUCUCACAGCUGGCACAGCUGCAGCUGGUGCAGACUGUCCGUGUGUCUGUCCCAGCUAGGACACAUUUUCUGCAGCUAGAGCUGGCCAGCGUUGUGUCCGUCCAGCCUGGUGACGUCAUUGGCUUCCAGACCCAAGUUCCGGACCUGAUCAGGUCUGACGUGGUGCCAAGCUCUGUCUGGAGCCAAGCCUUGUUUUACCAGACGUCGCAAUUCUGGAGCAAUCCAGGGGACACAACGGCUUUAAGGGAUUACAGUGUGAGCCAGGGCGUUUUGUUCCGAGUCAAUGUGGUCUUUGCUAGUGCAGCUACUCUCAGCUGGAGCUAUACACUGGCAGCUGGAGACUACAGCUUUAGCCUGACUGCUCCAGGAGCUGGAGAUGACACUGCUCCAGGUCAUUCGCUCUCUUGUCAUGUCCGUGUGUUAGAGAAGGUCGGGGGCCUGCGGUGGCUCCACCCUCCCGCCUACAACAGCACCGGCACGUCCGUGCACAUCAAUGUUGCCGUCAACCGGACACAGGAUCUGCUCGUCAGUCUGUCAUCUGGCACUGACCCGCGUGUCACGUGGCUUUUUACUGAGGGUGACAAACUGACAAGCAACUGGACAAGCCACUGUCAGCCAGCUUGUCAGUCUGACACCAGCCUCACCCCCCCUCUUUAUUCGGCGAUGACUCGUCAGUUCUCUGGCCCAUCGAGAUUUGAUGUCAGCGUGACCAACGGCGUGAGUACUGAGUCCCUGACUGUCUGGGUCAGCAGCUUCACGCCUCUCGCUGGGCUACAGCUGUACCCCACCAACUGCACCCAGAUGACAGACUGCCAGCUGACAGACUGCCAUGUGGCAAACUGUCAGCUGACAGACUGCCAUGUGGCAAACUGUCAGCUGAUUGUGGAAGUGAAUGCCACUCAAUCGUUUAAUGUCAGCCUUGAAUCUGGGCUAGCUGAGACAGUGGUAUACGCUGUGGACGGAGUGAGUGUGGGUUCAGUCAGCCAUAGCCUGAGCUACAGAUUUGCUGAGGCUCGGGACUACCAGCUGAGUGUCAAUGUGUCCAACCCCAUCUCUUGGCUCAAUGCCAGCCUUUUGGUUCGGGCCAGAAUCAAAGCCAACUUCAGCUCUGCUAAUCUAACGUUGAACAAGAGAACAUUGUUCAUGGGAGAGGUGCUCAACUUCUCUGCUGUGGCCCCUGUCCAAGUUGGUGCCCACAUUUCUCUCACCUGGAGCUUUGACACAGACAUCAUUAGCCAGCAGCUGACGGCAAGCUCUUCAUCUUUCUUUCAGCUGUACACGUGGACCAAAACUGGCAAUGUGACAGUAGGUCUCCGGCUGCAGGAUGCUUUUGGCAGUUCUCUUUCGGUGCACCAGGACUUUGUUGUCUACAAGCACAUCCAGUCCGUUACCAUGACAACACCAUCCAAGGUUCUAGCUACAGACGUCGAGUUUAACCUGACGAUCGCUGUGGACGCGCUGGACAACAAGCACGGCUAUGGAUGGCUGAACUUCACUCUCAGCUGGGCGGAUGGCGCACCAAUCAGGGAAUGGCAGGACCUGAGCCCGGUGCAGGUCAUUACCUGCAACCUGUCGCAGGUUGGUGAGCACCUGCUGCAGGUGCAGGUCAGCUCAGAUGUUGACAGGCAGAAUGUCAUAACUAGCCUGAGCAAGCUGACAUUCCAAGAGGGCAUAUCAGAGCUGACAUUGGAGUAUGACGGUCCCAAGCAUGUCAGCCAGCAAGUGACAUUCUACCUGAGCCACACCAAAGGAACUGACGUCAUCUACAGCAUCAACUUUGGUGACGGCACACACGACAGCAGCUACCAGCAGAGCAACAACUUUUCCUACACGUACGCCCAGGCCAACGUGUACGAGGCCACGGCUGUCGCCAGGAAUGACGUCAGCGUCAAAACACGCAGCCUCACACUCUACGCCUACGAUGAAAAUCUUUUGAAAAUCAUGAAAAUAAGGGCCAGCGCCUGCGUGCCGGUCAGCUCAACGGUCACCCUCAGCGCACUGGUCGCCUCCCAGAGCCCGGCCAGCCUGCACUACAACUGGUCCCUGGGUAACGGCCAGGCUCUCGAGGGCCAGGGGCUGAGCGCCGUGUCCAGCAGCUACAGCAGUCUCGGGGCCUUCACUGUGGGACUCACCGUGUCAAACAUCUCAGACGGCAGGGCUGACUCGGCACAGCGGGAGAUCUGUGUUCAGGAGCCAGUCAGGGGCCUCUCUCUACACUACGUCAGCCCAGUGGCCUUGUGGGCUCCGGCGGCCCAGAUCAUCGUGACGGCUCAGGUCAUGCAGGGAUCUAACCUGACCUUCUCGUGGUUUCUAGGCAACAGUGGACAAGUUGUGGGGAGCACAGAGACCUUGACCUUGACGGUGACAGAACCUCGGCUGUACAGGCUGAGCGUGAAGGUCAGGAAUGAGGUGAGUAAAGAGGAUCAGGUCGCCCUGGUGUCUGUUGUUGGGGUCAUCGCUGGACUGCAGGUCAGCUGUCUGGGGUGCCAGCCGAGGUUUUGUGCCAGAACAAAUUCCAGCCUGGCAUUGGUUGCCGCCCUGAAAUCUGGAACUGAUGAAACCUACAGCUGGAGCAUCAACAACGACAGCACUUUGUGUACAGGCAGAUGGUGCAUGUACAGCUUUGUGUCUGCCGGUGUGUACAGCCUGACCGUGACAGCCUCUAAUGCUGUCAGCAGCGAGACAGCCAGGCUUGACCUGACGGCACAAGAGGAGAUCACUGGGGUUGAAGUGACCAUCUGGCCAGCCGUGGUGCAGGUGAACAAAGAUCUGAGCCUUCAUGUCCGGCUGUCCUCAGGCACCAAUGUCAGCUACAGCUGGUCAUGUGACAGCUGGUCAUGUGACAGCGGGUCAUGUGACAGGUCAAGUGACAUCAACAACUUGACUGUCAUCUUCUCAAGCACUGGCCUUCACAGCUGUUCAGUGCGCGUCAGUAACAACGUGUCUUCUGUCACCCACACUGUCAACAUCACUGUCAUUGAUGUCAUCACUGAGCUGUCCAUCCGGCACUCUCUCAUAAUAGAUGCCACAAACUUAUACGCUGAACUGGGCAAGGAGUACAAUUUUACUGUCAGCACCAACACACACUUUCUUGUAUCUUUUGAUUGGGCAGUCAAAAGUAGCAUUGAAACCAGCUCUAAAAGCGGCCCAGGUCUACAGUUCCUCUUUGCCUCGCUGGACGCCUACACGAUGACAGUAACUGCUGCCAACAAGAUGAGCACAAUGAACGCCUCCCUCAGCAUCCAAGUGGAGGAACGGAUAACCGGCUUGAGCCUGAACGUCAGCAGCUCCCUGCGUGUAUUGCUGGGCCAUGUGCUCAGGGUCAAGGCCGACAUGGCCACUGGCUCGCACGUCCAGUUGGUGUGGUGGCUGGAUGACUCACAACUCACCCUCACUGGACCCACCGGCCUGCUCACAUUCGACUCAGUGGGCAACGUCACUUUAAAGGUUCUGGCUAAAAAUAGCAUCAAUUCGGCAAUGGCGUCUACACACGUGUUGGUGCUUGAGCCAGUAGCAGGCGUGUUUAUAGUAGUAGAUUGGGACACAGCACACAUGAACACAACAAACCUGAACACAACACACCUGAACACAACACACCUGAACACAAGGUACGUGAAGCUUGGCUCUACUCUAACGUUCUCAGCUCCCAGCGUCUCAGGGUCAGACCUGACCUACACCUGGACCUUGUGUGACCUGACGACCUUGUGUGACCUGACGACCUUGUGUGACCUGACGACCUUGUGUGACCUGACGAGCCAGGCUCCUGGCACAGAGCAUCGUGCUGUCAACUGGACCGUCCAGUGGAAUACGCCUGGCCAGUAUAGACUGGUUCUGGCGGUGACAAAUGAGCUGAGUCAUGCAAGUGAUUCUUUGGACAUCUACGUUGAGGGGGAAAUCACAGACCUGCACGUGUUAGUCAGUGAGGGCGUGCUUGCUACAGGUACCAAUGUCACUUUACAAAGUUCGGUCAACCCUAGUGCCAGUGGCGUAACCUUCUCGUGGGUGCUGGAUGAGGUGACCUUGCAGGGCCCUCAGGUGGUGACCCAGUUUGUAGAGCCUGGCUGUUGGAGCGUCCAUCUCCUGGCUUCUAACAACGUCUCCAACAUGUCUGCGCAUGCGCUAGUCUGUGCCCAACAGCCAGUGGCCGGUCUAGCUAUUUUAGAUUGUAGUCUGCGCCAGGAGGCUCGGUCUUUGACUGCUCUCAGAGCAAGUCUGUCACAAGGAACAAAUGUCACCUUCAGAUGGUAUAUUGAAGACAGCGCUAGCAACAUCACUUUACAUGGUCAAAAUGUCAGCCAUUUUUUCCCUGAUGAAGGAAGGUAUAAGCUUGUACUUGUUGCACAGAAUAAUAUUAGCACUCAGGUUUCUCUGUGCUUUAAAGAACUACAACUCCCUGUAGCUGGUGUCAGACUUACUAUUGCAGACCCUAAACCAGACUACAUCUUUCAGAAUGAAAAUGUGACAUUCCUAGCAAUAGGAAAUCAUUUUCUUUUUGCCCAGUUUAACUGGACCUUCUCUUCUAAGGGCAGCUACUCUACUCGAACUAAUUCCAUUCAAGUUAGUUUUGCUGAAGUUGGCAACUACACAUUGAAUUUGUCUGUCUGGAAUGACAUCAGUCAGCUAGUGACUAGCCUGGAGUUCAGAGUUCAAACUUUUCUCUGCAAGCUGCCAAAAGUUGCCCAUGUUGGAUCAGCCAACAGAACAAUGUCAAGGUCAGAGAGACUAGAACUGGAGGCAGCAGUAGACCUGCUGGGCUGUCGCGACUACCUGGCCACACAUACCUGGCAGGUGUUUCAGGGACCCACCUGUCUGCACCUGGACAAGAAGGUUGACUUAGGGGUGACCUUGACCUCCAACCCUACACUGAUGGUGCCAGCCCUCACCCUGAGUGCUGGGAUAUACUGUGUCCGCUUCACUACAGGCUACUACUACAGCAGCAUCUCUGUGUCUGUGGAAUACACCAUCCUGGUGGUCUCAUCAGCUCUCAAGGCCGUCAUUAGUGGUGGAACAAACAGAACGGUGUCUCUCAAUUCAACGCUCUGCAUGGAUGGCAGUCUGUCGUUUGACCCAGAUAGCAGUGGCCUGGAUGGACCAAGUCUGACAUAUUCAUGGGAAUGUUCUAAUGUAAUUGAUGGCUCUGAGUGUUUUGAAAAGACCUUUGAGCCCAAGUUCUGUUCAACAAUGUCAAGUCCUGGCACGUACACCAUCACUCUGUAUGUGUCCGCCAUAGACAGGCAUGCAAGCACUCAACAGUUUGUUUUGGUUGAAUCAAGUCCUGACCAAGUGCCAGUCGUCAGUGUCACAUGCAUGUCUUGUGACAGAUUCAGAAAUUACCGCGUCAGUUUCAGCCAGACUGUCGUCCUCACAGCUGGGUGCCAGACAUGCAGCUGUAGUAUGGAGUUCAGAUGGAAGGUGUUUGAGGGGCUGCAAGAGUUGUCCUUAGAGAGCUCUCACAUUCUGGUCACUGGCGCCAGCCUUGUUCUUAACAAGUGGGGAGCAUUGAAGGAUGGCCAAAACUACACAUUUGUGGCCAGUGGCCAGUGCCCUGGCCAGAGGGCAGGCUCAUCGUCGCUGACACUUCCAGCCAAUCUCCCACCAUCUGGCGGUCACUGUUCCAUCUCCCCAACAACUAUAGUCCCUCUUGAAGAACAGGUUUUAGUCAGGUGUUUUGAUUGGCUGGACGCAGAUGAUCCCAACAGCUCAUUGGUCUACACCAUCUAUGUGGACGUGGGCCACCAUGAUGCCAGCCACCAGCAGACAGACAGCUACUUGCUGUACUCUGGCACUAGCCCCUCGCAGGCUGUCUACCUUGGUGCCACUUCAGGAACCUCUGCCACUCUCAGGGUCAUGGUCUCUGACCUCUUUGGUGCCAUGGCUGCAGGUGGAGCCAGUCUGAUUACCUUCAAGCCAGCAGCUUUACCAAGCAACAAGUCUGUGAGUGAGUACUUGUUUGAGCAGACUGACCAGGAGCUCUCUGCACUGGUCAAGCAAGGCCUGCCCAUCUCACUGCUGCAGUACGCAAUGGCCCUGGGCCAGCAGCUCAACAGCCAGUCCCAACUUGAGCAGGACGCUGGCAGGGGGAGGCAGGCGGAGCAGAGCCGCGCUGCUAUACGUGAUGCCCUCACAAUAUGUUUGGCCACAUCAGUUCCCAUCACAACAAUGAAGGAUGUUCAGCAGAUGGCAUUUGCCUUGAGGCUUUUAACAAACUACCCUGUGGAGUACCUGACAGAGGACAGUCAGCUGAUGAUGGUCGCUGCCCUCAGGAGCAUGAGGGCCAUCUUGCAGCAGUCAGUGCUGUCUGGCCUGGAGCCAUCAGAUGUGCCAACAGAGGACCUGCUCAGUGUGCUGGCCAAUCUGAUUCACGCCGCCAACACCCGCAUCUAUUCCAGCACUCAGCUCUGGGAGUCAGGAAAGACAAUCAGCAUUGAGGACUUCAGCAGCAAGUUUAGAGAGCUGAGACCAGAAGUUUCUUCCAUUGUCAGCCAGAUGGAGUUUGUCAGCAUCCAGCUAGGGGAGGCCCACAGGAGAGCCAUCAGCUCGUUUGCUGUGCCCAUGCUGGAGGAGGUGCUGGUGGCCACACUCCAAACUCUGCUGACACAGCCUGGACAUCUGGACUUCCACUUGGAUGGGAUCCAGGUGAAGGCUGUGCGCACGCUAGCAAAAGAUAUUGAGCUGGAGAGUUGGUCAGAGAGGACCAAGGUCCUGAUGAGCUCACAGAUUUUGUCAGCUGUCAAACAAGAGAGGGAGGAGGUCCUGGAGGUCCUGGUCAGCCACCGACAGAACCCCUACACAUACGGCCACUCUGCUGCAGCUACCAUGCCUGUCCAAACGGUCUCAUUUUAUGAAACCAAUGGCACUCAAAUCAAGAUCCACGACCUGAGUCAGCAGGCCAGCAUCCAGAUCCAAACAUUGUCUAGCAAUGGCUCAGUCAACUUGACCAACAACCCAGCCAGUAGCUCAGUCAACUUGACCAACAACCCAGCCAGUAGCUCAGUCAACUUGACCAACAACCCAGCCAGUAGCUCAGUCAACUUGACCAACAACCCAGCCAGUAGCUCAGUCAACUUGACCAACAACCCAGCCAGUAGCUCAGUCAACUUGACCAGCAACCCAGCCAGUAGCUCAGUCAACUUGACCAACAACCCAGCCAGUAGCUCAGUCAACUUGACCAGCAACCCAGCCAAAGAUUUACUGUACAAGAUGGUAGAAAUAUUCCCCAAGAAAAAUCAAAUUUGGGAGAUGCGUUUGCCAAAUGUUGAACGAGGUGUGGGAAUACAUGUUCAGCUGAGGAUCCAUUUUCUACCCAAUAAGACAGGUAUAUCAACACACAUUGGUACGAAUGUGCUGGUGUACCUGGGGGUCAACUUUAGCCCCUCCCCCACCAGGUUUCACCAGUUCCUCAACCUGAGCACAGACCUAAUGGCCCCAGGGGUCGACCACACCCAAUUUUCUUUUUUCAUCAAUGACCUGCGAGGCACAGACAAGCUUGUGGCUGUAGCUACCAAUGCUGAUGUGCACCACACUGUGCAGCUCUCUGUGGCUGUCUACUUCUCCUUCUGCCAGUAUUUUAACAGCUCCACUCAGCAGUGGUCACAUGAUGGCUGCAGGGCCAGAGAAGAGUCUACAGCCACUCUCACAUCCUGCGUCUGCAACCACCUGACCUCAUUCAGUGGCGCUGGAAUUGUUUCUCUUGCUGAUAUAGAUUUUGCUGACUUUGCUAACUUUGACUUGGCUACAAAUCCUGUCGUCUUCAUCGCUGUUGCCAUCUUGUUUAUUCUUUACGUCAUCGCUUUCAUUUUGUGUCGCCAUUUUGACAUUCAAAACCUGAAACGUAUUUCUAAAAUGCCGUUGUGUGGCAGGGAUGGAGCUUUUAAAUAUCAGGUCACAGUAGUGACUGGAAGACACUUGGGUGCAGGAACCAGUGCCCACGUUGGCAUCAAGCUUUAUGGGAGCCAGUGCAAAGGUGAAGCAAGGCAUAUCACUAAGCCAGGGGCAUUUCAGCGCAAUUGUCGGGACACCUUUCUGAUAGCACACGAUGAUGAUCUAGGGGACAUAGAAAAAAUUCUGAUUUGGCAUGACAACACAGGGUUAAGUCCCUCUUGGUACCUGUCUAAAGUGCUGGUUGAAGACCUCCAGACUAGGUCCAGGUCCACCUUCACCAUCAACACAUGGCUCUCUCUAGACAAAGGUAGCAUCCAGCACACAGCACUGUCUCAAGGUGAGCUUGAAGUGAGAGAGUUAGAAAAAAAAUGGAGUACAAUCAUAUCUGGGUUGCUAGCUGACAGCCAUACUUGGCUGUCACUGACAAGUGGACCAGACCACAGCAGGUUCACCCGCGUCCAGCGACUGACCUGCUGUCUGACCUCUGUCUACUUGUACAUGGGCAUCAACGCUGUCUGGUACGGCGCCUUCAAGUCUGGCACUGAACUCACAGGGGACAUAACCUGGAGCUCGUUUGGCUGGGAGGAAAUUGUCAUCGCUUUUGUAUCCACGCUCAGUGUGGUGCCAGUUCUUGUGCUGCUGUCCUGUUUGUUCAAAAGGUCAAGGUGCAAGGACUCAAUGUUACGAGAUGCUCGCAGACCAAGCACAGCCCGCAGCAUGGAAAUUGAUGCACUCUGUGACCUCUCUACAGGAGCGCCCUCCUACAGGAGCAUCCCACCUAUUGAUGCACUCUGUGACCUCUCUACAGGAGCGCCCUCCUACAUCCCACCUAUUGUGGAAUUAGGGGAAAGGGAGAGCACCACUGACUCCAUUCCAUUACCAACCAGUCUCAAGAGAACCCACGCCACAGUCAAAAGAGGAAAACGUAGUGAAGACAAGAGCAACACAGAGCUAGGCCAAGAGCAGCAGAAAGAUGUGGAUGAAGUUGAAGACCUGGAUGAUAAACUGGAUGAGAUGGAUGCAGCCAUUGCUAAAGCUGAAAGAAAACAAAAGAAAUCCUCACAAGAUUUCAAGUCUGUGAAAAGUAUAAUGGAUGAAUUGUUUGACUCGGAUGACGACUGGGUCACAGAAGGGUUGGAGCCAUCAAGUUGCCGCCAGCCAGAAGAGGCAGCUGAGAGCAGAGCUAAGGAAAAUUGUGGAUCAUGUGACGCAAGUGCUGGUCACUGGCCAACAGCAAAAAGACGGAGCCUUGUGUCUUUCUCUUCUAAAACAAGCGGGGGUGUAAAUGCCAUUAAAGGAGAGAAAAACUCAUCUUUGAGCUUGCCCCCAUGGUGUGUCUAUGUGUCUUAUGCCAUCUGCUUCAAGUUGUGCCUACUCUCCAUUAUCUUGAUACUUUGGUACGGCUACAAAUUUGGACAGGCCAUUGCACUCAAGUGGAUUGUUUCCCUUGCCUACAGUCUCUUUGCAUCUAUAUUGAUUGUGGAACCUUUAAAGGUAGUGGCUGCAGCUGUCCUGUCCGUCGUACUCAGCCGGCACUGGUCACCUGGAGACCCUGGCAUGAUAGACAUCCAACCAGCUGUAGAGAGCAGUCAACAGCUCAAGACGGUCAAGUUCAAGCCUUUAGCAGGAUUUGCUUUGCUUCACGCUCUGGAGGAGGGGAGGAAGAAAGAGCGUCUGCGCAUCAUGAUCAGAGAGGUGUUUGUUUUCCUGGCUAUGCUGCUUGUGUUUUUGGCCAUUGUUUACAUCAAUUAUGGUGGCUCUAUGAGCUUCCUCAACACAAACAACAUUCACAACAAACUUCACAGCAACCUUCACAACAAACUUCACAGCAAAUCUCAUCGGCUGAGCUUCAAAGAUAUCAAAAGUUCUGGUCAGUUCUGGCAGUGGUCUCAAGAUGUCUUGGCCAAAGUUCUGCACCAGCUGCAGCUGUCUGAGUCUGAGACUUUUGGCCACCUGUUGGGACCCGCUCAGCUCAGACAGCUUCAAGGAGAUGCAGUCCCCUGUCCAGCUGAUUCAAAACUUGCAUGGCUGUCUAUUCCACAACUGACCACAGGACAGUGUCUUGACCAAGCAGUCACAGAGAUUGUCAAGGCAGGAGUUGAAGCUAACGGGACAUACGCUAGUCCUCAGCCUUCCAAAUUUGGAGAACUGCAGUUGUACCCAGGGAGUGGGUUGGUAGAGUUGCUGGGAGAAAACUUGAAUCAAACACUGCAAGUCUUGCACCAGCUGGAGGAAAAGGGUUGGAUACAACGAGUUACACGCGUUGUCUUUGUGGAGUUUACUUUGUAUUGCUCAAGUCUAGAUCUCAUCUCACAGAUAACACUUAUCUUAGAGUUUCCAACAACUGGUAGUGCUGUUACCAGCUCGUCUAUUCUGACAGAAAAACUGAUGCGCUUCGUCCCUGGAACUGUUGACCCUCUCAUGGUUUGCCAGAUUAUCUUCUUCCUGUUUGUGAUUUAUUUAACAACAAUCCUGACGAUGCGUGUAUGCAGAGAAAAGUCUCAGUUCUUGACUCAGCUCUGGAAUUGGGUUGACCUACUUAUCUGUUGCUUGGCCUGGGCAAGCUGUGGGCUGUACGUGGCAUGUUUGUACACAACAACUGGCCAGAUUUCAACUUUCCUGGCCAACACGGCAGCCCCUGCUCAGUUAAGUCAGGUCUUUGUGUUGCAUGGAGUUUACCGUUCCACGCAUGCUUGCCUCGUUUUCUUGUUUAGUCUAAAGAUCCUGCGCCAGAGCCGCUACUGCAAGCCACUCUAUAAAUUGUACAUGACAUUUUGUGCAGCCAGGGCGCCAGUGCUGGGGACUUUGCUCAUCUUUUCUCUCUUAACUCUGACCUAUGGCCAGCUGGGAUAUCUGAUCUACGGACCAUUUACCUUCGUGUGCCGCAGCUUUCCCAGUACCUUGACCUUCCUGCUGGCACUGGGUCGCACUGACCUACGACCCCUGCUGGGGCAGCAUGAGGUGUUGACCCACCUGUACCUCAUGUCCUACGCUGUGUGUGUGUACGGCCUGACCAGUGCUCUGAUGUUGGCUGCCCUGAGCUGGAGCUACCGCUGGUCCCACUCUCAGAUGUAUCACAGCCUGGAGCUCAAAGACUUUGAGCUGAUGGAGCUCAUGCUCAGCUACUUGAAGACAAUCAUAGGCAUCCACAAGGCUAAACCUGCUUUCCGCCAAGUGAAAUUUGUUGGCCAACCUUCUUUACCAAGUCGCCCUACCAGUUCUUGCACCACCCCCAGACCUGCCAGCCCCAGUCCUAACCGCAGCCCACAAGACAACCAGAGGAUUGUAUCCACUCUACAGAGCUCAUGGGAUCAAGUGUUACAAACAUUGGACAAGCUGGAGAAGAUGCACGAAGCUGAGGCUGCCAGUCUGGAACACCUGGAGGGCGCCGUCAGCCUCUGGUUGAGUAGGAGACACAAAGAUUUUUUUUCCAAAACACAUUCUCACAAUGCAUGGAUCCAAACCAAGAAAACUCUAAGUUGAUUCAGGUCUACAUCUGGACAUCUUUACAUUUACAACUGUGACAGUUUGUAAAAACUUUUGAGUUACAACGUGGCACCACAUCUAAAGCAGCCAUUUCACUUCCAGAAACUUUGAUCUUCAGUGACAGCACAAAAACAUUUAUUUCUUUUUAAAUUUAAUUAUAUGUUAAUUUAGUCAUCAAAAAUAAAUGUAAGAAUAAAGGGGAGAAAACUGGUGAUGGCUGUGUCAGCCUGUAUACAAGGCAGGCUUUGGUCACAUGGUGGACACCAACCACUGGCAUGGGGCAAAUAACUGUCUUUUAGAGAAUGCUGAUAGGUUUUAAAGUCAAUAAUUUUUGUCAUAUGUGUUGUCGUUACUAAAAAGUAAAAAAUAAAACAAAUACAAAAAACGUCAUAAUAAUAAGCUUUUCAGUGUACUGAAAAUAAGAGAAUUUAAUAAACUUGCUUUCACUUUAUCAUUUUCAGUGCAUUUAAAAUCUUAAUAAAUAAUAUUAUAUAUGCUCGUAAUAAAAUAAAAUUAUAUAUGCUCGUAAUAAAAUAAAAUUAUAUAUGCUUGUAAUUAAAUGAAAUUAUGUAUGCUUGUAAUUAAAUGAAAUUAUGUAUGCUUGUAAUUAAAUGAAAUUAUGUAUGCUUGUUAUUAAAUAAAAUUAUAUAUGCUUGUAAUUAAAUUAUAUAUGCUUGUAAUUAAAUAAAAUUAUAUAUGCUUGUAAUUAAAUGAAAUUAUAUAUGCUUGUAAUUAAAUGAAAUUAUAUAUGCUCGUAAUUAAAUGAAAUUAUGUAUGCUUGUAAUUAAAUUAAAUUAUGUAUGCUUGUAAUUAAUAAAAUUAUAUAUGCUUGUAGUUAAGUUUAUCGAUUAAAAAAAUUUAUAAAAUUUUGAAAUUAUGGUGAACUUGAUAUUAUAUUCAAUUCUUGAAGUAAUUAGAUUGUAUGAUAUGCUUUGUAGUUGUUAGAUUAUAUAUACCAUAGUCUACAGAUUGUCCAUUUAAUUUAUUUAGUUUCAAUCCACAUUAAUAAUUUAUUGGGCUCUAUACCAACCAUUUAAACGCACAAAAAUUGGGCUCUAUACCAAUCAUGAAUCUUUUUAAAUCUUUUAUGAAUAAUUUAAUUUUUUACAUUUCUACUAGAAUUAAUGUUAAAAAAAAAUGUCUAUAGUUCAUUGUUUUAUUUAAAUUAAUUAUCAGUAUUUAACAACCUUUUUGUAUAAUUACCAAAAAUAAUUUUUAUUUUGUCAAAUAAAAGUUUGAACGAAGA